GUGGAUUCUAGGAGGAAGAUUCCUAGUGACUGCAGCUGGAGAUAAAUAAAGCUCAACUCCUAAAAACUGAAAAUGAGGAGAAUGGCCAAGCAGACAAUUUUUCAAUGGACCCGCAGCUGGAGAGACAGGUGGAGACGAUUCGAAAUCUUGUGGACUCCUACAUGUCUAUUAUCAACAAAUGUAUCCGAGAUUUGAUACCGAAAACAAUCAUGCAUCUUAUGAUCAAUAAUGUAAAAGAAUUUAUCAACGCAGAGCUCCUGGCCCACUUGUAUUCUUCUGAGGACCAAAACACUCUAAUGGAGGAGUCAGCUGAACAGGCACAGAGGCGAGAUGAAAUGCUCCGCAUGUACCAGGCACUGAAGGAGGCCCUGGCAAUCAUUGGUGAUAUCAGCACUAGCACUGUCUCAACACCUGCACCCCCUCCUGUAGAUGACUCUUGGCUUCAGCAGGCUCGCAGAUCACCUCCUCCAAGUCCCUCAACUCAGAGGAGGCCUACAUUAAACAAUCCCCCAACCAGACCUUUAUCUGGCCGAGGACCUGCUCCUGCAAUCCCAUCUCCAGGCCCUCAGUCAGGAGCUCCCCCAGUCCCAUUCCGCCCAGGACCACUGCCUCCAUUUCCAAGUGGUGGUGAUGCCCUUGGCGGACCUCCUCAGGUUCCCUCUCGGCCAACCCGGGCUCCUCCCAGUGUUCCAAG